AUGGUCACUGAUAGCAGGAAUUCAGAUUUCUCAGGAAGCCCCUCUGCUUCCUUUUGCUCCACACAUGGGUUUGGGACUGCUGCGUGGGAGUCUGAUAAUGCUCAGAUUCCCCUGCUGGAAGGAUGCCCAGCCAGCGUGGCCUGUGGUCAUGGCCCCUCUGUCAACAGAAUCACCUGGAACAUCAACCAUGCCUGGCUGAUGGUGGUGGAGGAACAAUGUGUUUACUGUGAGAACUCCUACAACAGUGGCUGGACCGAAAUCCACUGGGAAACCUGGGUCUCCUCUAGCUUAUUUGGUGUCUCCAGAGCUGUCCAGGAAUUUGGCCUUGACUGUUUCAAAAGUAAUGUGACCAAGACCAUGAAGGGUUUUGAAUACAUCUUGGCCAAGCUGCAAGCCAAGGAAGCCAAGGAGAAGGCAAAGGAGCUACAGAAGGCAUUGGAAGCCACAGAGAAGGCCAAAGACCUCGCCAACAAGGCUGCCACCAAGCAGCAACAGCAACAGCAGCAGUUCAUGUAG